AAAGAAAGAAAGAAAGAAAGAAAGAAAGAAAGAAAGAAAGAAAGAAAGAAAGAAAGAAAGAAGAAACUACUUUCUGAGGGUUCUCAGAAAGAAUAACAUCCCUGAGAAACUGUUGGUGUCCUCUUAUCGCUGCCGGGGGCCGGUCCGUGAGUCAUUUGGUACCUAGCCGCGAGAGUUGAGACUCAGGUGUGAAGUUUAUGGUUUUCAUGGUUUUUAUCAGUUUUAUCUUUUUUUUUUUUUUUAUCAUUUUUAUCGUUAACUGGGUUUCCCUGGGUAUUUCCCCGUGUGUUAUGAAUAAAUUUUCUUUUUUUUGGUACCGGUACUGGUUUUAUUUUGUUGUGUUUAUCCUCGACACCUUAAAGGCCAGUCCGUGAAAAUAUUGUCGGACAUAAACCAGUCCGUGGCACAAAAAAGGUUGGGGACCGCUGGCCUAGCAGAUAGUCAGCUGUCCUCUCCCCUCACUUAAAAAAUUGCACAGCUCCCAUUGUCUCAAGAACAUUAAUCGAAUCCUUCAAGACCCAGCUCACCCUGGUCAUGUACUGUUUGAAUGUCUACCUGAAACUAACAGACUAAGCAACAGAUUUUAUCCCCAAGCAAGCCAUCACCAUGCUGAACACUACUGAAUUAGGCAAUCAGAUCCAAUACAGCUUUCAUGUACAAUGUAACAUUGUUACAACACAAUCUCAGGUUUACACAUUUGAUGCUAUGGUUACCACUGGUCUUUACAUCAGCACCAGCAAACAAGGUAAAUCAUUGAGAACACAGUCUUGAUCACUGUCAUCAGCAUGGAUUCUGUUGUUUAAUAAACACUGAAGCAAUAUGCAAUAUGAGUUUGCACAAGACAGAAUGUCACACUGCACAAUGUAAUGUCAUUGCUGGUACAAGUACAUAUUUCUAUAUAUGGCAGUGGACAGGAAGUGUGCUGUGGCUUCAGUGGAGAUAAACCUCUACAGCACAUAUUUUAAUAUCCUGUAGAUUUACUCUAAUUUACCUCAAUUAAAGUAAGUAAGACUGCUGUCUCAGUUUGGUUAAAGAAGGAUGCAUGUUCAUUUUUUCUUUCAUAUCUACACGUUUGUAAAAACUAAGGGAAUACAUAUGACCUAGCAACAUUAAAAAUAACCACAGCGUGAAUGAAGAGGAGACAGGAAGUAAAGAAGAUAGACAUUUGUCUUUGACAAGUACAACAGAGUUCGCAAGUUGCAGUUGUGACAAGAUGAGAAGGAAAACCAGAACAAAAGGCGAUGAUUGAUCACAAAUUAUUCAACAUUUCUCUAUUUUUGUUGCUUCUUUAUUCAGGAGCACUUAGUGAAGAUCUUUCGCUUGCCUUCACUGUCAGAGAUGGAGAUAAAGUCACUUUGCCUUGUAAAAAUCGGAUCAACAUUCAUCACAACUGUGACACUAUCACCUGGAUCUUCAGAGAUUCAAGAGGCACACCAGCAGUAGAGCUGGUUAAUCUUGGACAAAUCCAAGAAGAAGCCAAAUCAGACAGGCUGAGUGUUACAGCAGAAUGUUCACUGGUUAUAAAGAAGGUCACAGCUGAGGAUGUUGGUCGUUACACCUGCAGACAGUUUAGAGGCAAUCCAGGGAAACAGCAAGGUCCAGAUGCUGUGGUUUAUCUGUCUGUUGUCGUCAUGACCGAAAAGAAGAACGCUGAUGAGGUGACUUUAAGCUGCUCUGUGUUGACAUUUGAUUGGUGUAGACACAAAGUGAAGUGGAUCCAUAACAGAAGAGAUCUGGAUAGAGAUUACUCAAAUUUAAAAACAUCACAGUCUUCCUGCUCUGCUACUGUGACUUUUCUGAACCUUACAUAUGGUCACAUAUCAAGUUCUGACUUUAAGUGUAGCUUAAAAAGAACAGAAAAUAACAAAGAGCAGCUUUUUACCUUCAGCCAUCAUUCAUCAGUUUUUUGUUCAGGUGAAGAAACAAAUACAGCAACAACAGUUAAAUUAGACACAAUGACUACAAUAAAAGUGCUGGAAAUGGAUGGUUCAACAAAUUUACCAGAAAUAUAUGCAGCAGCAACAAUUAAAUUGGAAAUAAUGACUGAAUCUGGCAUUAAAGGAGGUCUGACAACAAAACAGCUGGAAAUCAUGAAUGGUUUGAGAAAAUUACCAGACUGGUCCUGGUACAGGCUUGCCAUUGUGGCCCUGGGUUUAGUAGCACUUAUAGCAGCUGUUGUUGUCGUCAGCAUCUGGAUAAGAGCUGGGAAAAAAGCACAGAUGGAUGAAAACAUGGAACAGAAUUUAAACUCUGCAGUAACUUCGUCUGCUCCAGGAACCAUUCAGGAAUCUGCUGAUCUUCAAGAUGUUGUUCUCUACGCCUCCCUCAGCUACACCGAGACCACCUACAGCUGUCCAGGUCUUCAGGUUCCCCAUAAAGAUGAUGAAGAAGGUGAAGCUUUGACCUACAUUAUAUGUCCAGUCUCAUCUCCUGGACCUGCUGCCAGCAACCUCUAUGCUAGCAUCAACAAACCAAAAGACUAAAAAACAGGAAAAAACACAGAAUCUCUUUUUCUUUGAUAACUUCUUUCUUUCUUUCCAUUCUUGUGUAAUGAAAGACGGUUUCUGUUUUGUUAAAGUACCCAGGAUUUAACAACAGUGAUAAUAUAAUCUGUAUUUUAAUUUUUAAUUUCUAACCCAGAAUGUUGCACUAUAUUUUUUCAUAGAUUGUUUAUUGCUUUAUCAGUGUACAUAUAUGUGUUUGUAUAUCUGCAGUUUAGGCCUGACGAUUUUAUGAUAUUAAAAAGUGUUUUUCCAUUAUGUAAAAUCCCAAGCAGCCAAUAAAGGCUCCAGCACAUGAGUUUUAUUGUCAUGGUACUGGGUCUCUGACCCAGUGUUUUUGUUGGUUUUAGUUAUGUUCUUUGUUUAUUGUAUUUCAUGUAUAGGGCCCUAUUUCAGGAAGCCGGUUUA